AUGACAAUAGGGACAUGGAAUGUCAGGACCCUCCUGGACGUGAACAAUUACAGACCAGAGACAAGAACCGCUCUUAUCACCCAAGAACUAGCCCGUCUAGAUAUAGACAUAGCUGCCUUGAGUGAGACAAGACUCUCAGGUGAGGGACACAUUAGUGAGGUACGUUCAGGGUACACCAUCUUCUGGAAGGGAAAGGAUGCAGGAGAACCACGCAUCCAUGGUGCAGGAUUUGCCGUAAAAACGAAAAUAGUGAAAGAUCUUCGACUUACACCUGUCUCAAUUAAUGAAAGACUGAUGACUCUUAGAGUACCCAUUUGUUCAGACAGAUUCAUCACCUUCGUCUCUGCAUAUGCUCCUACUUUAGACAGUGAUGAAGACACAAAGAAUCAGUUCUACCACCAACUGAACAGUACUCUCUCUAAAAUACCCAUUCAAGAUAAAUUAAUUUUACUUGGUGAUUUCAAUGCCAGAGUGGGAAGGCACAACCGUUUUUGGAGAGAUGUCAUGGGUAAACAACGGGUGGGAAACUGCAAUGCAAAUGGGUUGCUACUUCUUGGUCUAUGUGCUGAGCACGAGCUUUUCAUCUCCAAUACCCAAUUCCGUUUGCGUAACCGCUAUAAGACCACAUGGAUGCACCCACGCUCCAAACAUUGGCAUCUUAUAGACUACGUUAUUACGCGACAGCGUGACAAGAAAGACAUUCUCAUCACAAAAGCAACACUGAACAUCGAUGAGUGCUGGACGGACCAUAGACUUUUAGUCAGCCGUUUGAGAGCACCAAAGUAUCGCAAGCCACGAUCCCACUUUUCAAACCCACCACGCAGAAAAUUCAACAUAAGCAACCUGAACAACAAAAACGUUCGCUCACACUUCCAAGACAUACUGUCUGAACAACUUAACAAAGGUCCAGCAACCACAGAUGACGUCGAACAAGAAUGGACCACAUUAAAGAACAUCAUCAAAGAAACUGCUGGGAAUGUUGUUGGUUGUAGUGCACGGAAAAGAAGUGACUGGUUUGAUGACAACCACGGAGAAAUCCAAGCCAUCAUCAAUGCAAAGCGGGAUGCUUACCUAUCCCUUGCUCAAGAUCCAUCCUGCGCAGAAAAGAAAGCACACUUUCAAGAACUCAAGCAGAAAUGUCAAAGUGAAAUACGAGUAAUCAAGAACAAAUGGUGGCAACAGAAAGCCACAGAACUCCAAAAUCUUUCUGAUGCAAGGAACCUGUGUGGCUUUUACGCUGGUAUUAAAGAGCUGUAUGGACCUAUCCGCUCCUCAUCAGGAGCACUGAAAGCUGCUGACAACUCCAUCAUUCUUACUGAAAGUCAGGACAUCUUAAAUCGUUGGAAAGAGCACUUCAGCUCACUGUUAAACAGCCCUUCUACUGCCGCAGGAGAUUUUCUCAAAAAUGUCCCACAGCACCCUCCAAAACCCUGGCUGGCUAAUCCUCCAACUUUUCAAGAAUUUUGCAAGGCACUCAAGAGUGUGAAACCUGGGAAGGCUCCUGGACCUGACAGCAUCCCGAUGGAGCUUAUUGAGGGUGGCGGCUUGCCUCUAAAAACUAGACUCUUCUCACUUAUUAUAAUAAUGUGGGAAACCCGCAAGGUCACUUCAGUGGUCUCUCCGCCAGCCCACGGAGGCUCAACACUCCACACCACGCUGCUCUUCAUAGCCACCACAUCUUACGCUGCCUGCUGA